CGAAGGAAGCGUUGGCACCAACUUCCCGAACGAGUUUCGCCCAAGAAACUCGCGAUUCUUUGACUCACCGCAUGUUCUCCUUCGAGUUCGUGGUCCUAUAAUGUCAAUCUUCUUUUCUCUUCCUUUUUGAUUCUUUUUAUUUUCACACAUAAUAUUCUGUUUUUCUAUCAAUUUAUUCAGCACUUACAAGGUUAAAAAUUAUGGCUGUUUCACUACUUCGACACCGAAAGGCUUCAGCUUCGGGAAUGUCUUCCAUACUUCGAGGUAAUGUGGAGUCCUUUAGCCAGAAUUCGGAAACAAAGUUUGGAGUUAAUGUUGGUGUUAUGAUAAAGAAGUACAGCAGCUGCAGCAGUACCACUAAGUUUGAUUUUACAGACCUGACUCGGCCUCAUACAUGGUACCCACGUGCUCGCAACAAGAUUCGUAAAGUUUUUCUACAUGUGGGACCUACAAACAGUGGUAAAACACACCGGGCUCUAAAGCGGCUUGAAUUGAGUUCUACUGGCAUUUAUUGUGGACCAUUGAGAUUGUUGGCAUGGGAGGUGGCAAAACGGUUGAACAGGGCAAAUGUUCCUUGUGAUCUGAUUACUGGACAGGAGAGAGAGGAAGUUGAUGGUGCAAAACACAAGGCUGUGACAGUUGAGAUGGCUGAUGUUACUACUGAUUAUGAUUGUGCUGUAAUUGACGAAAUUCAGAUGUUGGGGUGUAGGACCAGGGGUUUUUCCUUUACCCGUGCUCUAUUGGGGCUUUCUGCUGAUGAACUUCACCUUUGUGGGGAUGCAGCUGCUGUUCCUCUGAUCCAGGAAAUACUUAAAGUAGCUGGUGAUGAUGUGAAAGUUCAAUCCCAUGAAAGACUUUCACCACUAGUUCCAUUGAACGUUCCUCUUGGAACUUUUUCUAACGUACGAACAGGUGACUGCAUUGUAACUUUUUCACGUCGUGAUAUAUACAGAUUAAAGAAAAAGAUUGAAAGUUCGGGAAAGCAUCUUUGUUCUGUUGUUUAUGGUUCACUGCCACCAGAGACUCGAUCAAGACAGGCAACCAUGUUUAAUGAUGCAAGCAGUGAACUUGAUGUUCUUGUGGCAAGUGAUGCUAUUGGAAUGGGUCUUAAUCUGAACAUUUCUAGGAUUAUAUUUUCAACAAUGGAAAAAUUUGAUGGUGUGGAGAUGCGAGAGCUCACUGUUCCUGAGGUCAAACAAAUCGCAGGGAGAGCUGGCAGGUAUGGGUCAAAGUUUCCAGUUGGUGAAGUGACCUGUUUAGAUUCAGAGGAUCUACCUUUGCUUCAUUCAUCUCUGGAUUCUGCAUCACCAACACUAGAGUGUGCUGGACUAUUUCCAACAUUUGAUCUCAUUUACAUGUAUUCGCGUUUACAUCCAAAAAGUGGCCUUCAUGAAAUAUUGGAGCAUUUCCUUGAGAAUGCAAAAUUAUCUGAAAACUAUUUUAUUGCCAAUUUUGAAGAAGUUUUGAAAGUUGCUGCAGUUAUUGAUGAAUUGCCCCUUGGUUUGCAUGAUAAAUACCUGUUUUGUAUCAGUCCAGUUGACAUGAAUGAUGACAUUUCAUCUCAGGGUCUCACACAGUUUGCGACGACCUAUGCAAAGAAAGGCAUUGUCCGACUUCGAGAAAUAUUUACACCUGGUACGCUUACAGUGCCAAAAACAGAAACUGCACUCAAGGAACUUGAAUCCAUUUACAAGGUCUUGGAUCUCUAUGUGUGGUUAAGUUUCCGAUUGGAGGACUCAUUUCCAGACCGCGAACUUGCGUCUUCACAGAAGGCUAUCUGCAGCCAGUUAAUUGAGGAGUUCCUCGAAAGACUAGGGUGGCAGAAGCCAAAGGCAAAACGAGUGAUGCCACGCCUUGGGACUGCUUCAAGUUCUCUAUUCUCUCGAAACAAACAGUAUCUGUGAGAUCUCCCUCACUAUUUGAUUGUUUUGUUCUUUAUUUUUCUCCAUUUCUGCUGCAAGUGUUUGCAGAGCUUGUAGAAUAACACCAUAGGAGAUUUAGAAUAACCAGUCUAUUGUUAAAGGCAGUGCAAGUUUCAGGUUUUCGCCAUUUGAUUUUCUGUUUCAGCAAUUUUCACAGAGCAUGAAGCUCAUUUCUAAUGUAAUUUUGUAACAUUAUUACACUUUACAGACCUGGAUUAGACAUUGCCCUGGUGAUUGGUUGGAUCAAGGUCAAUUAAUAGUUGGACCAGUGUACUAUAAAAAUGUAUAUUAAAAAUAUAAUUUUAAAAUAUUUUUAUUUAUUUAA